UGCUUUCGGUGGGGGCCCUUUUUAGCUGGGAAUGAGGAACCAGUGGGCAAAGCAGUUGCUAGCCAGGCAGCAAUCAAGGAAUGGAGUUCCUCGUGGAGUGGACGGCCCUCCUUCCACUCCCACCACAGAGACACUGGACAGAAGGCUAGGUCCAGAGAAGGACAGCAAAACAGAACAGGCAGCCUCGCUGUCUAUCAAAAAAUCAAUUGUCCCACCCGCUACCAGGAGAGUUACCCGCUGCUCCCGGAGGGUGAUGGAGGUCCCCCAGUCUCGGCACCCUCAGCAGUCAUCCUCCAAAUGUAGGAGCUGGAAGGAGCUCCCAGGAUCCUGGGAAAGGGGGUCACGUUGGGACGUGGCACCUGUUCCCAGGGUGGGGCACUCCUGUGCCAGCCAAGGAGGAGCCUGAAGAACUUCCUGCAGCCCCAGGGCCUCUCCCGCCACCCCCACCUCCACCCCCGCCUGUUCCUUGUCCUGUGAGGCUCCCUCCACCCCAGUUGGUCCCUGAAGGGACUCCUGGUGGGGGAGGACCCCCAGCCCUGGAAGAGGAUUUGAGGGUUAUUAAUAUCAACAGCAGUGAUGAAGAGGAGGAGGAAGAGGAAGAAGAGGAAGAGAAAGAAGAGGAAGAGGAUGAAGAGGAAUAUUUUGAAGAGGAAGAAGAGGAGGGGAGUGUUGCAAGCGUUGCAACCCAGUCUUCCGAGGCCCCACCUCUUUUCGCCUCUCAGCUGGGAUUUGUCCCGCCCACCGCCUCCAGCCAAGUUCCGUUUCCGGCUUGCUGGGCACUAGAGUUCAGAAAGUGACGGCUGCGGUGGUCGCCAUGGGGAAGUCGGAUUUUCUUACUCCCAAGGCUAUCGCCAACAGGAUCAAGUCCAAGGGCCUGCAGAAACUACGCUGGUAUUGCCAGAUGUGCCAGAAGCAGUGCCGGGACGAGAAUGGCUUUAAGUGUCAUUGUAUCUCCGAAUCUCAUCAGAGACAACUAUUGCUGGCUUCAGAAAAUCCUCAGCAGUUUAUGGAUUAUUUUUCAGAGGAAUUCCGAAAUGACUUUUUAGAACUUCUCAGGAGACGCUUUGGUACUAAAAGGGUCCACAACAACAUUGUCUACAAUGAAUACAUCAGCCACCGAGAGCACAUCCAUAUGAAUGCAACUCAGUGGGAAACUCUGACCGAUUUUACUAAGUGGCUGGGCAGAGAAGGCUUGUGCAAAGUGGAUGAGACACCAAAAGGCUGGUAUAUUCAGUACAUAGACAGGGACCCAGAAACCAUUCACCGGCAACUGGAACUGGAGAAAAAGAAAAAGCAGGACCUUGAUGAUGAAGAAAAAACUGCCAAAUUUAUUGAAGAACAAGUGAGAAGAGGCCUGGAAGGGAAGGAGCAGGAGGCCCCUACUUUUACGGAAUUAAGCAGAGAAAAUGAUGAAGAGAAAGUCACGUUUAAUUUGAGUAAAGGAGCAUGCAGUUCAUCUGGAGCAACGUCUUCCAAGUCAAGUACUCUGGGACCGAGUGCACUGAAGACAGUAGGAAGUUCAGCAUCAGUGAAACGAAAAGAAUCUGCCCAGAGCUCAGCUCAGUCCAAAGAAAAGAAGAAAAAGAAAUCUGCACUGGAUGAAAUCAUGGAGAUUGAAGAGGAAAAGAAAAGAACUGCCCGAACAGACUACUGGCUACAGCCUGAAAUUAUUGUGAAAAUUAUAACCAAAAAACUGGGAGAGAAAUAUCAUAAGAAAAAGGGUAUCGUUAAGGAAGUAAUUGACAAAUACACAGCUGUUGUGAAGAUGAUUGAUUCUGGAGACAAGCUGAAACUUGACCAGACUCAUUUAGAGACAGUAAUUCCAGCACCAGGAAAAAGAAUUCUAGUUUUAAAGGGAGGCUACAGAGGAAAUGAAGGUACCCUUGAAUCCAUCAAUGAGAAGACUUUUUCAGCUACUAUCGUCAUUGAAACUGGCCCUUUAAAAGGACGCAGAGUGGAAGGAAUUCAAUAUGAAGACUUUUCUAAACUCGUCUGAGUUUGAAAAUGUGUUAACAAUACAUUAAAAUCUUAAAGCAUCAAAUUGGUGUUCGCCAGGGCAUUAUGAGACUCUACUGUAUUAGGGUAUUCUUUUGUAUUAAAAAAACAGGGUUUUGAAAAUAUUACUGUGUAGUUGUUCAGCUAAACUCUGAGAACAAUUUAUGUCUCAUGAAGUAUCAAAACUAUGUAAUUUUUUCCUUGUUAUUUUUGUUUCCUU